AUGAAUGAUGAAAUACCUUUUCCACAUUUAAUUCCUUUAAAUACCAAAUUAAAUGAAUAUAAAGGAUUUAUAAAUGUUUUGGGGAAAGAAUAUCCUGUGGAAAUUAGGACAAUAGAAAACGAUAAUAAAAGCAACAAUAACAAUAACAAUAAUAAUAAAAAUAAUACAAAUAAUGGUAUAUUCUUUGAAGAAUUAGAGUUCAAUUGCACAAAAGAACUAUACGAUAUAUUACAUCCUUAUUCACAAACAAUUAAAAAUAGAUUUUUGCAAUGUAAAAAUUUAAAUCAAUUUUUAUAUGAAUUAAAAGAUAUUAUCGACAGAUUAUCAAAACAAACAUCAACAAUAGGAAAGGCACCAAUUAUAGUCUCAAAUAAACCAUCACUACCAAUUAAUGUAUUAUAUUUGGUUUUAAAGGAAUUGGAUGAUAUAGGGUGGGAUAAAAUUGUAGAGAUUGAUAAAAAUACAUUUUCAACAUUUGAAAUAUUAUUAUUAGAUAUAAAAAACAGAGAAUAUUCAAUAGAGUUUGCAAUUAAUGAAAAUUAUCCAAGCCAGUUACCAUUAAUUAGAUGUGAUUUACCCAUUGACAAUUUAGAAUUGGUGAAUAGAAUACAAAAUCACAAUCAACAAUUACUAUUGGAAGAAAAGCAUAAACAAAAACAGGAUGAAAUCAAAAAUAAAUAUUCAAUCAUAAAUAUAUUGAAACUAAUCGAAAUAAUGAUCAAUGAGUAUCAAGAGUUCUUUGAUGUUAUGGAUGAUAUCGACUCAAAUUCAUGGGUUUUGGAACCAGAGAACCCUAAAAGAUCAUCAACCUACCGUAGAAUUGCUUUAGGCAAUGGCUGUUCAUUAUGUUUCGAAGUAUCGCCACAACAACCAAGAUCAUUUCCAUCUAACCACAAUUUCCUCGGUCCUGCUAAAAAAGUCUCAAAUUUAAAGAAUUUAUUAAAUCAAAAUUUAAACGAAUGGAGAGCUCAAAAAGAAGAUAACAGGUCACCGGUUGAUAAUUUUCAAACUAUUUUAAAUUUAGAAUUUCCAUUAAAACAAAAUACUAAAAUUGAAGAGAUUGUUAUCGAGUGUGCAAUUUGUUAUACCCAUAGAUUUUUCCACGCUCCAACGGAUGAUCAAGAUAUAAAAGAUACAGGUAACUACUCGUUACCAGAUAUAGUUUGUAAUAAUUUAAAGUGUCAAAAGCAUUUUCAUCAUACUUGCAUAUACGAAUGGUUAAAAGCGUUACCCAAUCCAAGAUACUCAUUUUCUACAAUUUUUGGUAAAUGUCCAUAUUGUUCUGAUCCAAUUUCCGUAACAGCCCAACAACAACCACAACAGCCUCAUUAA